AUGUCCAGUGAAUCUCAGGAGAACCAGAACAGUCUUGUGCGUGUUGUCUGUCAUUAUCCACAGUGCUGUUUCGAAGUGCUGUUAACAACGCGUUCUUUGUUUCGUCAGAAACAAGGUGAAAUCUUGGCUUUUGUUAGCAUAACAGAUGGUCGGAAUAAGGUUGUCGAGACGAUACGGGUGUUUGUCACCGACGCCAACGAUGAGCAACCAGAGUUCCAGAACCUGCCUUUCACCGUGGACGUCCCCGAGGACACCGCAGCUGGAAGCAGCAUUUACAGAGUACAAGCGGUGGAUAAAGACAUGGGCUCUGGAGGCAGUGUCAACUACUACUUACUGGGCACCACUACUACCAGGUUCACCAUGGACGGCCACAGUGGGGUCCUGCGGAUCAAACCAGGCGAGACGCUCGAUUACGAGACCACAGCAACACACUUUGUGAUAGUGGUUGCCAAGGAUGGGGGCGGGCAGUACAAAGGGAAGCAUCAGGUGUUGACAUCUACAGCCACCAUAACCAUCAACGUCCUCGACGCCCAAGACACUCCUCCAGCCUUCGUUGGAACUCCUUACUUUGGCUACGUCUACGAGGUCUCACUUCCUGGCUCUGAAAUAUCCACUGUGUUUGCCAAAGAUGGAGAUGAAGGAAACCCUAAUCCUAUUCAUUACUCUAUUACCAAUGGCAGUGAGGGUGUCUUCACCAUCAACAGCACAAGUGGUUGUAUCAGCCUAACAGCUUAUCCAGUCACACUGAGGAAGGAAUUAUAUGAAAUCCAAGUCAAAGCCACUGAGCUGGGGCCGAGUGAGGAGCUGUUGGACUACUAUACCAUGACUGUGGUGACGGUUCGAGUGGUGGACCUCAACAACCACCCUCCUACCUUCUACGGAGAGAACGGGCCCCAGAGCCAGUUUGAGGUGACCAUGUAUGAGCACCCUCCAGAGGGGGAGAUCCUCAGGGGGCUGAAGAUAACGGUCAAUGACUCUGAUCAGGGUGCGAAUGCUAAAUUUAAACUGAGGUUGGUGGGGCCUGGUCGUGUACUCAGAGUGGUGCCCCAGAUGGUCCUCAAUGAAGCACAGGUCACCGUCAUCGUUGAAGACUCUGCUGCCAUCGAUUACGAAAAAGGCAAAUCCUUAACAUACAAGUUACUGGCGGUGGAGAUUGACACCCCUGAGAGGUUCAGUGCGUCGGCUGAUAUUGUGAUUCAUCUUUUGGACACCAAUGACAACACUCCCAGGUUCACCUCGGAGUAUUACAUCGCACGUAUUCCGGAAAACUCCCCCGGAGGCUCCAACGUUGUGUCUGUCACCGCCAAUGAUCCAGACUCUGGCCUUUGGGGUGAAGUCAAGUACUCCAUCUAUGGAUCCAGAUAUGAUCUGUUUCUCAUCCAUCCGUCUUCAGGCGUCAUAUACACCCAGGCCUGGGCCAUUCUGGAUGCUGAGGUCAAGUCCAAGUACAACUUCUACGUGAAGGCAGAGGACACAGAGGGAAAGUACAGCCUGGCGGAGGUGUUUGUCACUGUCCUGGACAUCAACGACCACGUUCCAGAGUUCGAUGACAGCCUUGUGGAGAGGACCAUGGUCAUUGGUGCACCUGUUAAAGUAAAGGCAAUAGAUGGCGAUGCAGGGUCGCCCAAUAACAUCAUUGAGUAUUCCAUCAUGCAAGCUGAGCCGGACAACAUCUUCGACAUCAACGCAGAGACUGGAGAGAUCAACCUGAAGUCGUACAUCAAGUCCAUGGAGAUCGUGCAGAACAUCACCAAGCAGAAGGACUGCAGGUGGUCUCUGGUGGUCCAAGCCCGGGACCGAGGAUCUCCGUCCUUCAGCACUACCGCCGUGGUCAACAUCGACAUCACUGAGGCGACUCAAGUCAAUGGGCCUAUGGCAGACUUUUUAUUGCAAAGUAGGGACAACCCAAUGAAGGCCCUUGGCAUGGUCGCUGGUGUCAUCAGCAUAUUGGUAGGGAUCACUGUCUUGAUCUCCACGGCUACGUUCUUGCGCAACAGCAAGUCCAACAGGAUAAUGCCGGCACGUCGCAUCGUCAUCAGACGGAGACCGCCAAGGGACCGCAAGCCGUGGACUUUUAACGUACCGUUCCGUGGUAGCGGAAAUGACUCGUCAAACAAGUUCAUUGUAGGCGACCAGGAAGCAGGGAGUGUCAACGUAAACCUCAACAACAAAGGUGGCUCCCGGUGCUCCAGGUCAAAACCCAAGCCUACGCCCCCUAGAGCUCCCUGCCUGCCCCCUCCAUCCUGCCCUCCUCCGUCCUCCAACCCCAGGCCCAGUGAGAGGCCCCGGCACUGGGCAGCAGUGCCCACCGUCUCUGGGGGCCUGACCUCCACUGGUUCCAGGAGAUCCAGCCAGAGCAGGGAAAUAAACAUCAGCUCUGACACUUCUAGGAUCCCCGUCAGCUCAGCCCUGGUCUCUGAACUCAAAAUGAGACUAGAGCAGAAAAUAAUUGAGAGCAACUCAAGCUAUUAUUAAAUCUGAUUGUUGUAGUGUGUUUUCACUCUAACCAAUCUGUCAGUAAUUGUCUCGACUUCUGAAGGUUACUCAGUCCUAGGAUUGUAAAACUGCAAAUGUAAAGGAAGGUUGAGGACAGCAUGUUCAUUUCCUUUAAAAUGUUAUUGACGACAUCCUUUGUCAAAGCAAUGUUGCAACACAUUUUACUGAACCUAUUUAAUCCAACCACUUCUACAUGUGUUCUUAAAGAUGUUAACAUCACGUUGGAUACUUGGGGCCCUGGUCCAGAAUAGUAUUUAGGGAAUAGGGUGCCCCUUGGGACUCUGUCAUCCAGCAUUAGAAAUACCUAGACAUGUUUCUGCGCUGCCGUCUUGAAGAUCAUGUAAUGGGAUCCUUGUUAGAUAAAUCUUUUGCAUUGCUGCCAUCUUGAGGGAAACAACAUGUUAACAAGAAUGUCCGAGGGGGAACUACUGAGCCAUGUCUGAGGGAAGGAUUACUGCGCAUUUAUGUGUAUACAGAACUGAACGUGUGUUCCUGACUUCCUGACUUUUCCUGAAAAGUUGUAUUUUAUUUGCUUAAGAUCAUGCAAUGUUUUCAUUAAUAGUGCUAUAAUAUAGAAUACGGAUCAAUGUGUAAACUAUGUUGCCUGGCAAAUGUACUCACUUUGACUUGUUCAUCAAAGUGAUAAUGCAGCUAACGGUAUAGAAGACUAUAAGCUAUAAAAUAUGAGAUAUUCUUGAGAGGAUAAAUGCCGUUGCUUUUAAACAUGAAGUGCUCAUAGACCUCUGAAGUGACAUUAUUUUUUAAAUAUUUUUUUUUCUUCUUCAAUUUAAAGUUUUAUUUCAUUUUCUUUAGUGUUUCAAUCAACCAACAAAACACAUUCCACAUUCACAGAUGUGACAGACUUUAAAAAAUAUAUAUAUAAAAAAACAACUGACAAUAAUAAUAAAAAAAACUUUAAAAAACUUUAAAAAAAUAAAUAAACUUGCAGCAGCACUAUCAAGGUUCUUGUUAGCUAUUUCCAACCUUAGCUGAGACGACGAGCAAAUCAUUGGUUUUAACAGCACCUAGCACUAGCGGAGGUCAUACGUGAGCUUUUCAAGAAGAAGAAAGUCAACAAUCUGGUCAGUCCACAUGUUAAAUGUAGGAGAAGUAUUAGUGUGGUGACGUUCUAAUGGUGUUGGUCGUAUUUUGAAGUAGAGACUUAGAAGAUUCUGAAGCUCUUGUUUCAAAUCACUUGCUUUUUCUUCUUAAAUGCUUUUGCAUUUCUAAAGGGUAAUCUUUUAAUUGGGUGGAUUACUGUUGGAUUGGUGUUGGAUUGGUAUUGGAUUGGUGUUGGAUUGGUGGUGGAUUGGUAUUGGAUUGGUGGUGGAUUAGUGUUGGAUUGGUGGUGGA